AUGUCGGAAGAGAAGAGCUUCAAGUACGUGAUCAUUGGAGGUGGUGUUGCUUCAGGAUAUGCAGCGAAAGAGUUUGUGAAUCAAGGUGUAAAUCCUGGUGAACUCGCCAUCGUUUCCAAGGAAUCGGUGCCUCCUUACGAGCGUCCUGCACUAAGCAAAGGAUAUAUCAACCUCAAGAAUAAAGCUACGCUUCCGAAUUUCUAUGCAUGUGGUGGAAGUGGAGGAGAGAGGCAAUUCCCUCAAUGGUACCAAGAGAAAGGGAUUGAGUUGAUUCUUGACACAGAGAUCGUCAACGCAGAUCUUGCUUCGAAGACACUUGUAAGUAAUGAUGGACAAAUCUUCAAGUACCAAACUUUGAUAGUUGCAACUGGAUCUACUGUUGUAAGAUUGUCAGAUUUUGGCGUCGAAGGUGCAGAUGCUAAGAAUAUAUUUUACCUAAGAGAAAUCGAAGAUGCUGAUAAACUCGCGUAUGCGAUGGAAGUAAAAGAGAAAGGAAAAGCUGUGGUUGUUGGAGGCGGUUACAUCGGUCUUGAGCUCAGUGCUGCUCUAAGUGUUAACAACCUUGAUGUCACCAUGGUUUAUCCAGAACCUUGGUGCAUGCCUCGGCUUUUCACUGGUGAGAUCGCUUCCUUUUAUGAGAGUUAUUAUGCCAACAAAGGAAUCAAGAUCGUUAAAGGUACCGUAGCCGCUGGAUUCAACACCAACUCAAACGGAGAGGUCACUGAGGUGAAACUCAAGGAUGGAAGAACACUAGAAGCUGAUAUUGUGAUAGUUGGUGUUGGUGGUAAACCGUUGACAUCGCUCUUCAAAGAUCAAGUUGAAGAAGAGAAAGGUGGACUUAAGACUGAUGGAUUCUUCAAAACAAGCGUCGCCGAUGUAUACGCCAUUGGAGAUGUAGCUACAUUCCCAAUGAAACUAUAUGGUGAGAUGAGACGCGUUGAACAUGUCGAUCAUGCUCGCAAAUCCGCUGAACAGGCCGUCAAGGCAAUUAAGGCAGCUGAGGAAGGGAAAACAGUCCCGGAAUACAAUUAUCUUCCCUAUUUCUACUCUCGAUUUUUUAAGCUCUCGUGGGAGUUUUAUGGAGACAACGUUGGAGAAUCUGUAUUGUUUGGAGACAAUGACCCGAAAUCUCCAAAGCCUAAGUUUGGUACUUAUUGGGUUAAAGAUGGGAAAGUAGUUGGAGUGUUUCUAGAAGGAGGAACUCCGGAGGAAAACAAGGCCAUUGCUAAAGUGGCUCGAGCACAACCUUCAGUUGAGAGUCUUGACGUGUUAUCUAAGGAAGGUCUUUCUUUCGCCACCAAGUUAUAUAACACCAGUACUGUCUGA